CAGGCGUCCGCUAGUGUUAUGAAUAUUGUGUUUAGUUGCGCUAUCUACACAUGCUCGUAUGAGAUCAAGGUCUCGUCAGUCAACUGGUGACCACUGACCACGCGCCGCAGUACCGUACCUACAUACGCCCGGUGACAGUAUUCGAGCUACUACUAUUUUAAUGAAUCAGUGCAGUGUACAGUGGUGACAGUGUUUUAGUUUGACUGUUAUGGAAGGGAAAGCUAACACCGUUAUACGCUUGUUAUUUGUUGCUGCGUUGGUUCCAAUUGGUGGCGUAGUUACUGAGCAAGAGCAGACGUCAGAAUGGGUAUCUCCUCUGCCGGCACUCGAGUAUGCGACACGCUACAUGUCGCCGCUGAAGCCUUUGCGCCCACCGCAGGAACCUCCGCUACGUCACAAACGUCAAACAUCAAAAAUAACAAAUGAUGUUAUCGUUUUACGUGGCCCACCUGGUUCUAUCGGUCCUCCUGGAUCUCAAGGCAAUCGUGGAUAUGAUGGUCAGAAAGGUGAUAAAGGCGACUCUGGACAACUUAUAUUAAAAGACAACGAGUUCGGCGUUACUGGUCCCAAGGGACUUAUGGGUGAAAAAGGUCCACCAGGUCCCAAGGGACUUAUGGGUGAAAAAGGUCCACCAGGUCCCAAGGGACUUAUGGGUGAAAAAGGUCCACCAGGUCCCAAGGGUUAUCCGGGACCCAGGGGUGUUCCAGGUGACAAUGAUUUAUGCCGUUGUGAUUGCAAUAUAUACUUACCAUCUAUACACAAAGGAGGAAGCAAAGAGGACCCAUCGCUGCGUCGACGUCGCUCAUCAGCCGCUCGCGCCUGCGCCGCCCCGGGCUGCUGUGAGCCCGAAUGCUUCGCCCGGAGGAGUCGCCGAGAAACUAGCACCUUCACUGGACCCAAGGGUUAUCCCGGAGCUAAAGGAGAACCUGGGGAUGUUGGCCCGCCUGGCCGGAAAGGUGCAAAGGGUUACCGGGAAGGUGGAUCAGGAACAAGUUUUGUCGAACUACCGGGUCGCAAAGGGUUGCGGGGACCCACAGGAUGGAACGGGUAUCUUGGUGCACAAGGUAUACAGGGAGAGCCAGGUCCUCAAGGAUUUUCCGGUGUCUGCGAAUAUGAAUAUUACUGCAAGAGAUACGGACCAGAAAAAAAGGCGCACAACAGAUUUAAGCUCGAAGAGGACCCAUCCCUGCGCCGACGUCGCUCAUCAGCCGCUCGCGCCUGCGCCGCCCCGGGCUGCUGUGAGCCCGAAUGCUUCGCCCGGAGGAGUCGCCGAAAUGCGGAAUCCUUCCUUGAUCUGCCGAGAGGUCUUCCAGGACCUGAUGGUGAAAAGGGUUUAAUUGGACUUCCAGGUUUACCAGGUUUGAGAGGUGAACCUGGAAGUCCAAGCUUUUAUUCACCGGGUGCCCCAGGGGAUAUAGGUUACAAGGGUUUCAUGGGCAAAAGUGGCCCUCGGGGCUACCCAGGUCCCAGGGGGCCAAAAGGUGAACGUGGAGAUUGUGGACCCAAUUGUUGCAAGACGGCCUUCGGUCCUAGUGGUACAGAAGAUAGAGAAGACGGAGAAGGGGUAAAAAGGGCAGGACAGGACAAAGGGGUGACGAGAGAGAACCCAGAAAAUACUUCGGAUAUUAAUUAUUACCAAUUUUACGUUGAAAUCACUCUGGAAAAUAGAACUUUUACAGUCUCUAAACACCUUUAAAUUUGUUUUAUAUAAAUAAUACUUGCUCAAAUAAAGUAAUUUUAUUUAUGUUGAUCAAUAUACUCGUAAUACUUAGUAUAGCUUUAUUCUUUA